CUCUCUCUCUCUCUCUCUCUCUCUCUCUCCAUUGGAGCCCAUUCCCAUGCUCUUCUUCAAUUUCUAUCGGAGCAAAACAAUUGUCGGAGACACAACCCCGAACCCCCUAUUACCCUCUUCGUCUUCUCUCUUCCUCCAUUUCUCUCUCCACCAUCCCAAUCUUCAUCAACAGUGGCAACGACGACCGAAUGAAUGGAGCCACUGCAAAAUGAAGAAUCUAAAAGAAGAAUCUGGUAUAUUUGACCUAUCAUGGUAUAUUUCCAGCAAGAGAGCAAACCAGAAAUUGGAGGUAGAUCCAUCCAUGGAGAAUGAAGAGGCUCUUGGCACAGAUGGAAUGGAUGGUUUUUUGUCCAAUCUAGCUAAUGCAAUUCUUGGAAUUGAUGAGGCUAUGAGCUUUGCGGAGAUGCUCAAAUGGAUGGUGACCUACGUCAAAUUGUUCAAUUUCUUGAAGAAAGAAAUGCUAAUGUUGUCAUCCGUGAUGAGCAUGACCUUAAUGUCAUCCGGGUUUGAGAGAUGCACAUCUUUUGAUCGUACAAGUGUCUUCCUUCCCAACGAUGAGCUAGAUUCUACUACAAACAUUGUUUAUCCUGAAAUUUGUUAUAGUGUUACUUAUGGAUCAAAUCACUUUUGUCAAAAGGAUUGGGUUAAAAAACAUAUGGACCUCAAAAAGAUAAAUACAAUUAGAUUGCGUUGAUGGGGAUGUAGCAAGGUAAUUUCAAUUUAAAAGUGUUUUGAUAUUUAUAUAGAUUUUCUUCUACUAAUAAACUAACUUUUUUAUUUUCAUAAAUUACUAAAUUGUCGUGCAUGCUUCUCAUUGGAGAUAUAUAGAAGGUGAAACAAAUACUUUUUGAAAAGUGAUGAGGCGCACUUAGGAAUUCUAAGAAAGAACAAGUUUGAAGAUCAUGUUUAUUUUUGUAAAAAGCGUACAUAUGCUAGCUACGAUCUAGAUUUUGUAAAGUUUCAUAUCGAUGUAAAUUUUAGUUUUGUAAAGCCUUUCAUCUAUGUGCAAUUUAUAACUAAGUUUAGAUGUAUGUUAUAUAAUAUUCAUUUGAAUUAUUCACUUGAUGUUAUAGUCUUUUUUUCUUUUUUCUUUUUUCUUCCUAAUAUGCUCUUGAAUUAGGUUAAAGAAAACUUCAUGUUUUUUUUCGAUUGAAUUUGAUUUUUAUCAGGAAGGGUGUUGC